AUGCAGGCCUGGGUCACUCCAGCUGAAAGCUCCAGCAUUGCUUCAGACGACUACGGGCUGACUGGUGCUCUCACGGCCUCUGCUGCUGGCAAGGGCCCACCGACUGGCAGGGGCGGCAGGGUGCGAUCCCUUCGUGACGCUGUGGAGCUACCACCCCCCCACCCCGCCAGUGCAGGUGACGCUGUGGAGCUGCCACCCCCCCACCCCGCCAGUGCAGGUGACGCUGUGGAGCUGCCACCCCCCCACCCCGCCAGUGCAGGUGACGCUGUGGAGCUGCCACCCCCCCACCCCGCCAGUGCAGGUGACGCUGUGGAGCUGCCACCCCCCCACCCCGCCAGUGCAGGUGACGCUGUGGAGCUGCCACCCCCCCACCCCGCCAGUGCAGGUGACGCUGUGGAGCUGCCACCCCCCCACCCCGCCAGUGCAGGUGACGCUGUGGAGCUGCCACCCCCCCACCCCGCCAGUGCAGGUGACGCUGUGGAGCUGCCACCCCCCCACCCCGCCAUUGCAGGUGACGCCACCCCCCCACCCCGCCAGUGCAGGCUCAUAAAGCGGGAAGAGGGCAAGUCACAGCAGUUUGAGUGCAAAUACUGCCCCCUUGUCUUCUCUGGUGCCGCCAUCCGUUGCGCGCAACACCUGACGUCAUGGAAGAACAUGAAGCGCCGGGAGGUGUCACUUUGCAAGAAUGCACCGCAUGAUGUUCGCGUCGAGAUGAAGUCCAUGUAUGAGAAGAAGGCCGCUGAUGCAGAGGAAAGGCGUAGAUCGAGUGAGGCGGCGAUUGCCUCGGUGCUCCCAAGCGGGAAGCGGUCCCGCAUAACCGACUAUCUCGAUGGUGAUGCAGCAGGGAAAAAACGCGAUGCACAUCAGUCGCUGGCGCUGAUGUUUGCGGGAUGUCACAUUGCGGAGCACAUCGUAGACCAUCCUCUCUUCGUCAACGCGAUGAGGGACGUCGCCCGCGCCGGCGACGGUUAUGUUCCUCCAGGGCGGAAGUACAUCGGCGGUACAGGUCUGCAAGCAUGCCGCCGUGGCAUCGAAAGCGGGUUGGUGGGCAUCAAAGCAAGCUGGAAGAAGAUUGGAGUAACCGUCGCGUCCGACAUGAUGACGGACAGGGCCGGGAGGCCGCAGGCGAAUGUCUUCCUUGUUAACGACGCGGCCGCCGUGCUGCAUAUGUGCGUGGACUGCAACAUGGAGAAGAAGACGGGGGGUUAUAUUGCGGGGUUACUGAGGCCCGUCGUGGAGGAGGUGGCUUGGGUGGGCGAAAAGGGUGGUGAAGCGGACUGGGGAAAUGACUUCGUUCGUCCGCAACCACCACUGGACGCGGGGGUACUUGCGGACGCCGGAGCUGGUGGAGGGGAGCGUGAUGCAGACAUGGUUCUCUCCGACCUGUGGAAAGCUUGGGCGGCGGGGGAUGCGGAUCGACAAAAAGCAGCGGAUGGGUUUGCCGCGCUGGUACUCGAUGCGGCUUGGUGGAAGAGCGCAGAGUUCUUCGUGAAACUCAUGAAGCUCCCCUUCAUGGCAAUGCGGCAGACGGAUGGGGAAGCUAAGGGGAUGAUGGGGCGACUGUACGACGUUAUGCUCCAACUUACCGAGGAUGUGGAGGCCAUUGUCGAGGCGGAUGAGGAGCAUCUGUCCAGCACCGACAAGCAGGCGAUCCGCAAAAUCCUGAAAGACAGGUGGGACGGGAGUCUUGCAUGCGCCAUGCACGUGGCGGGACGCAUCCUCAACCCCGCCAACCAAGAGGAGGACAUCUUCGGCGGGGAUGUGGAAUGCACAAGGGUGUUCAAGGCGUUCCUCACCAAGCAUGCGGAGUUCCUCACCAAUCGGGGGGAAGAGGGGGAUGAUGAGUGCGACUAUUUACUCGCAUUGGGGGACCAGCUGAGGUCUAACCUUGACCUCAAAGGGAGUUUCGGGAUGCCUGAAGCCAUUGCACAGAGGGAGAAGGUAAAGGCGGGCACAUACAGCAUGGUUAAGUGGUGGCAGUGGAAUGGGACGGAUGCGCCGCAGCUGGCGUCGCUCGCCAUAAAGAUUCUCUCGCAGCCCGUCUCGGCAUCUCCGUGUGAGCGUGGAUGGGCGAAGUGGGAAUCAGUCCACACUGCGCGCCGGAACCGUCUCGGAUCCGCUAAGUGCGCGGAUUUGGUGUACGUCACGCACAACUGGAACGUUGUGCGUGGAUGGCACACGCGCCAUGAUGUUAUGCCGCGAGUUGUGCGCAUGAAUGAGGUGGAGCCGCCAAUCCCCGUUGGCUACAAGAUCGCGGAAGAGAUGGAGGAGGAGGAGGGUGAGGACGACGUCUUGGCGGACGAGUAUCAGUAG